AGACGCAGCGUGCCAUUUUAACCAUGAAUGAUGCUUACGAUGAUGGAAAUGAAAACUACUGCAAUGCUAUCCUAAGUUACGGCCUUUGAUUACUUAGACCUGAAAAAUGAUUACUCGUUUUCCCACCGCUUGAGUCAUGCGCGGCCCUUGCUUUAGCGGCGUAGGUGCUCCCUUUCACUGGCCUGUCUGCUUGUGCGGGCGUCCUUCAUCUGCAGGUGUGUGGGGAGUUACGCCACUCUACCUGGAAACCAAGAUGGAGUGGUCAUUGGCCGACCGGAUCUCCUACCUGGCCUGCCGCAGCUGCCUCGGGGUGGUGGCUCUUGUGAUGGUGCUGCCGCUGCUCCGCCGUCUGUGGUCGCUGCAGGACACCACACUCGGGGUGCUGGGCGGCGUGUCCAGCCUCCUCUCCUCCAUCUGCCUCAGCGCCCUCUCUUCCUCCCCGUCUGUUAUUCCUCUCGCUAUCCUCCUCGGGCCCCUGACGCCGUACCUCAAUGUGGCCUCUUCUGCCAUCCUGGUGCGCCUGGCGGCAGUGACUGAAUUAGGUGGCGUGUUGGUGUGCCUUGGGAGCGUGGAGCAGGCGGGGCAUGCUAUUGGCUGGCUCACUUUCUACUACCUGUUCCCCUUGUUGCUGCUUCACCGCAUGCCCGGCGUCACCUUCCUCGCAACGGGACUCUUGCUCCUCGUGCCCUCGACGAUAUUCGGGGUGUUGUACUUCUCGCUGGGCCUCAGAAGCAGCACUGGCAGGUCCCCCAGAGGCCGCUCAGCUUCACGAAUCAGACAAAUAUCAGCAAGCUUCAGAUACUACGAAGAGUCUCCUGAAGGUGCUCGGACUUAAUACUCAGAGAGAGAUUAUUUUUAGAAAGCAUGCAGUUGUUUUUUUGUGGAGUUCGCUUUUCAUUUUUUAAAGCAUACUGGGUUGCUUUUUUUAGUGUGACCUCAGAUAUAGCUCCAGUAGGACCAAGAUUCCCUCAUCUUGUGGUAUAUUGAGGUCAUUUUAGUGUGAGUCCCCGGGUAUAGAGUCAGUAGGCCCCUCUAUAAAUUUAAGAUCAAAAUUCACUCAUCUUGUGGCAUUUUGGGGGUCUUUUUAGUGUGAGGUUCUCAGUUAUAGCUCCAGUAGGUCCCUUUUAAUUAAUCCAGGACUUGUAAUACCGAAUGAGCGUAUGGGCAUUGCUGGGUGAAAGCUUUGCCGCCACCAAUAUUUUCCUAAGCACCUAAUAUAUUAUGUAAUUAGAAUAAAGACCACAAUCUGAUUUAACUCGCGUUUUUCUGUUUGACUAGUGAGUUAUUUUUCUGCCAUUAACUCGUACAGUCUUCAACCAUGCCUCUAAUCAGGGUACUUAAGGUCUGUGUGGUCGAUCAGUUUAUUGUGUGCAAGGUUAUCCUGCACCCUAAUAAAUGAUUAAUGUCAAGACAGUUUACAUUUAAGAUAAGGAUACACUAGAAUAUUACAUCAACACCUUCCCUUUGCCUCUCGUUUGAGAUGGUGAUGAUAUACAACCUUAUCCACUUUAUACUUGACACAACACUUCAAGAGAAACCAUAUAAACAUUCUGCUUAAAAUAAAUCUAUCAAGAUAUAUUUAAAGCAAACUACUCAUGCAAUAUCAGUUACCAGAUCAUUGACAACUUAAGGUAAUAUUUUUUGUCUCUUCACUUAGUAAGAAUUUUGUUCACUUAUCCAUCACACGAAAAUAAAUGGUUAAAUAAAUAAAUGUGGAUGUAAAUGCACGUGUUGUGACUCUGACAAGGUUGUGGAAACUAAACAAUUAGUAUCACAGAAUUAAGGCUCUAUAUUAAGACAGGUUUCUUCCUCUACUAGGUUAGCAAUCUACCAGCACAACACCUACUUCGAAUGACAACACAACGCAACACACACACACACACACACACACACACACAGUAAUCAUAGUCCAUUAAAUAUGACUAUCUAUUACAUGAAAAUAUAGGAUCAAUCACAUGCAACCAUAAACAACUUGAUGUGACUGGAUAGACCUAAGUGUCACUGGUUACAAAAGAAAAAGUAUAUUCCUACCAGUGCUUAAUUUAUAUAUAUGACAUCAUUAGAAAAAUAUAUGGAGGUUGAUAAAUCAUCCACUAUUUUACAUAAAUCAUCUGAAUCCCUAACAAAUUUUGGUAUGGUUUAUCAUUCAUGAAGUUUUCUGCUUCCCUGCAUCAUAAUAACCAACAACACCUUCACACUUAAGAGUGAUUGAACACACAACACUUGUCCUUCCUAAACACUAAAGAAUCAUUAAUAUUUUUCAUACACUAUCUCUGAAGCUUCUCUUAAUUUCCAAGUACUUAAGAUAAAGUUCUUGAAUAAUUAUGCAUUACUCUUGAGGCAAGACUGUGACAUGAUGAAGAUGGAGCUGCAGGAAUUUAGGAACAUGAGAAAUACCUCACUUUGAGUAAGAUAUCCCCUUAAAUGUUUAGCAAAAAGAUGCUGGGUUCAUCAAUGUGCUUGUGAAAAGGGCAGUAUUUCAAGCCUUGCAAUAUGAUUUACGAUUUCAUGACACUGUUGCUUCACACAACAUAAGUAAGGACAAGGACAAAGCCUUCGAGUGACUGUCAGAGUGAGAUGCAUUGCAACCCCUUGAACAUAAUACACACCUGUUUUAAGGACUCACUCAUUCACAAACAUACGUGUGCGUGCGUGUGCACACACGCAAACACACACACACACACACACACACACUAGAAAGAAUACAAAGGAUGGCAACGAAAAUGGUUGCAGAACUGGAGGGAUUGUCAUAUGAAGAAAGGUUAAAGGAAAUGGACCUACCAACACUGGAACAAAGAAGAGAAAGGGGAGACUUAACACAAAUUUAUAAACUAUUGAUUAAAAUGGAGGAAGUAGACAAUGAAGUGGAAGAAACGUCAGAAACACACGAGGGCACAGUAAAAAGUUGGGGAAAGGAAGAUGCUUGAGAGACAAAGAAAUAUAGCUUCCCGGAAAGAAAAAUAAAGGUUUGGAACAGACUAAGUGAGGAUGUAGUAUCGGCGAAGAGUAUGCACAACUUUAAGGAAAAGCUGGACAAAUACAGAUAUGGAGACGGGACCACAGGAGUGCAAGCCCAGGCCCUGUAAAACUACAACUAGGUAAACACACACACACAUAAUCUGUCUUUGUUUGUCUCUAAAAAAAAUCAGCAUAUUGCUUGUAUUUUAGUGUAAUAGUCUUUUUUAUGUACAAUAUUUAAUCUCAUACAUAUUCUUUUCAUUAUCUCUUAUCCACAUCUGGCAUACAUUUUGAGUACUUUCAGUACUAUUUUCAUGUAUUUUGUAUUGUGACAAUUUGCUUUACUAAAACACAAACUCAAGUUAGUGGAGCCUUCUACAGCAGAUAUGUGCUCAGAAAGAUCAGAUUUUCUUUGGAUUUCAGGGGUUUGAAAGAGCUUAUAUUAAUGUAAAAAUAUAUUUUUUGCUCCUGCAUCUAUCACACUUUUCCUCAUUUAUGGCUAUCACUAUAUUGCACAAAAACUAACAUAAUAAUGAAUUACUUGAUAUUCCAGAAUGGCAAGUACAUUUUCAUUAAUUACGAAGUUUUGUUCCAUACCCAUCAUAUGGGUAUGGAAUGAAAAUAGCUUGUGAGAUUCGUACGUGUUUGAAGGGCAUACAAUGAUGAUGUCAGCCUGUUGAUUCAAGCUGCUUAGCUCAAUCUUUGAAAACCUACUUUGCUAAUACAGGACUAUUUAUCUCUUUUAUUAUGUUCUAAACCAUCUCAACCAGCUGGCACAAUAAUCACUAAUAUCCUCAUUCACCAACCAAAAACUUUCUUGUUUUCCAGUUACAUUCACACUUGUCAUCUAAUCAUACACACACACACAAUAAUAAUAACACAAUAAAAAAAAAAAAUAAAAAAAAA